AUGAAUCCAGCUCUGGUGCUGUUGGCGUUGCUGGCCUCAGUGGCGGCUCAGUCUCAAGACCAUUAUGACAUGGGCUGGGUCAAUGGCUACCGUCAGGGAUUCAACUUCCAGUGUCCCCACGGUGAAGUCAUCGUGGCCAUCAGGAGCUACUUCAGUGAGAAUGAUGGCUCUGACCGCCUGUGGUCGUUUGAGUGCCAGCCCACACCUGCGGGUCUGGGGGAGCCCAGUGACUGCUGGUGGGACGACAUCAACCGUGCUGGGAUGGAGUGGACUUCAACAUGCACCCGUAACGGCCUGGUAGCAGGGGUUCAGAGCAAGUACUUUGAGUCCACUCUUGACCGGGAAUGGCAGUUUUACUGUUGCUUCUACAAACGCCGCUGUCCCUACUCCUGCAUGAAGACCGCUGACAUUCCUGAAUACUACAGAGAAGAGGGAGAGCUAGUUGUCCCAAGUUAUGGAUACUUCAUCCGAGGUGCCCAGACCACCUUCAGUGGAGUGCUAAGAGAUCGGCAGUGGAAGUACACCCUGUGCAGAAUGACAGACUUUGACUGUGAAUUUGACAAUUUAUAGACAUGUGAGGAGUUUUUUUUAUUGGUGCAUAAACAUUUUUAAUACAUAUUCACAUAUACAUUUAAAGGUGACCUAUUAUGCCUUUUUAUUUUACUUUGUCUUAUAUCUCCUGUUCCAGUGGCAGGUGCUCAUAUUAAACAUGGCCAAAGUUACAAGUAAUCCCUGUGAGCCAAACACAGAUUCAAACAUACCUGUAUCCAUCACUUCAAACAGCCAAUCAAUCAGUGAAAGAGAGAUAGGCGGUUGCUUUUGGUAGUUGUUGCUGUGGCAGCUGCACUGGCAAAAUUACCCCGCACAGUUACUGACAGCCGAAAGCUGUUCAAACCUUCUGUAUGAGAGGAGCAUCCAAUCAGAAACAGUUGGUUUAAAGGGAGGCAGCUUUUGUAUAACGUUUCUGCUCAUCUUCAUGGACAGAGAUUCUCCCUUUUUUGUUUGAUUAGACCUGACGCUUAUGUGUUUCUACAGGAAGUGCUGUAAGUUUCAAGACUCUUCAUAUGGGAGGAAUCAGCCCGGCAACCGAGAAAACUGAUCUUUAGAAAAAAAACCUCUUCCUUUAAUCCAAACCCUGUUUUUCCGCAGCUAAUGUUGCAGGUAAUUGAAAAUCCAAAAGAAGUGUCUGGCAU